AAUUCCCCACCAGAGCCGCCCACAGUUUUGGCAGCGUCCAGCCGUCCAUUCACAUCGAAGCAUAGCAGCCAAGGCGGAUUCCGCGCUCCGGGGCCGCCAUGAAGCUGAAGCUCCUCUCCCCCUUCCUUCUCCUCGCCUUCCUCGCCGCCGCGGCGUACGCGGCGCCGGCGUCGCGCGAGGCGGCGGCGGCCGCCGUCACGACCACGCUGCAGUCGGCGUCGUCGGACCCGGAGAACCAGUGCGUGUACACGGUGUACGUGCGGACGGGUUCCAUCUGGAAGGGCGGCACGGACUCGACGAUCGGCGUGACGCUGCUGGGCGCGGACGGCACGGGGAUCCGGAUCCGGGACCUGGUGGCGUGGGGCGGGCUCAUGGGGUCCGGCCACGACUACUACGAGCGCGGCAACCUGGACAUCUUCAGCGGCCGCGGGCCCUGCAUGAGCCAGCGCCCCUGCGCCAUGAACCUCACCUCCGACGGCUCCGGCGCGCACCACGGCUGGUACUGCAACUACCUCGAGGUGACGGUGACCGGGCCACACCUGGGCUGCGCGCAGACGCUCUUCACCGUCGAGCAGUGGCUCGCCACCGACGCGUCGCCGUACCGCCUGUACGCCGUCGUCGACGAGUGCGAGAGCGAGACGACGACGAAGCGGCGGCAGCGGCAGGAGACGGAGACACAGACACGCUCGCCGGCCGGCGAGGCCGAGGCUGAUGAGGCCACCGUGUCCGUGACGGCGCUCUGAUCCUGCCUGUGUGACCCAUGCCCCCCCUAAUUAUGUGAUCGAUGGAUCCCCAUCGGGAUUACGUUCGUCUUGUGGAGACGCUGUGUGAUCGCGCGAUUGAUUUCGCCGCCUUGUUUUUGUGCGACGAGGUUCUGGUGCGUAGUACGUACGGGGAGAAUAAAAGCAGCGUUUUCUUUCUUUCUUCAAGCUUGCAUUUCUGUUGGCUGUUGCUGCUGUCCAAACCUUCAAGCUCUAUCACUCUAUCCUUUGACUCAGCUGGUAGGGUGUGGUAAAGUUUGGUUAUGUGUCUGCA